GUUGAGUCGAAACUCGUCAGGUGAAGAGUCCGAACAAAUGCAGGAAAUGGCUACUCCAUCGUCUAGCACAGGAGUGGCACUCCCGUCUACUACAGGAGCAGGCGUUGCGGAGGUGGUUACUAGCGUCAGUAGUUCUUCAGGCAGAAACCAGGAGCGAACAC